AUGUUGGCAUUGUUUGCUCUCCUCCCCCUCCUUGCUCAGGCAUCGCCUGUGCUUCCCCGCGCGGUUAUCGACCAUGGCCAGGUUGAGGGCUUCCCCGAGACCGUCCCCAGCGGUACCACUGGCGAGGUCUACAAGGCCUAUCAGCCUUAUCUUAAGGUGAACAGUGGCUGUGUUCCAUUCCCUGCUGUCGACGCUGAGGGAAACACCAGUGGGGGCCUAGACACCACCGGCUCCCAGAGUGGUGACUGCGACAGCAGCACCGGUCAGAUCUAUGUUCGCGGCGGCACUUCCAACACAACCAACGCAGAUGCCUACGCCCUGAUGUACUCCUGGUACUUCCCCAAGGACAACCCCUCGCAAGACCUGGGCCACCGCCACGACUGGGAGGGUGUUAUCGUCUGGAUCUCCGACCCGACCUCGACUUCUGCCGAUAACAUCCUCGCUGUGUGCCCGUCUGCUCAUGGCGGGUGGGACUGCUCGACCGAUGGGUACACGCUCAACGAGUCCACCUCCGAGCCACUGAUCAAGUAUUACAACGUCUGGCCUGUGAACCACCAGUGUGGAUUGACGGAUGUUGUGGGAGGUCAGCAGCCGUUGGUUGCGUGGGAGUCAUUGCCCACUGUGUCGAGGGCUUCCUUGGAAAAUACGGAUUUCGGAUCAGCCAAUGUGCCGUUCAAGAACGCGAACUUUGAGACCAACUUGGAGAGUGCGACUUAUUAAACAUCUCUAUUUCGUCCCGGGAAAAUGUAUAUAGUUAGUGGAUAUCCUUAAUUACCAUUCUUGAGUGUGGCUGGUCACGCGAAAAUACCUUUUUUUACUGCCAUGCCAUUCCAAAGACGAUUGAUCCGCCAGAUAUGUGAGACGAGAUCUUCAAAUCUCCCACGCCACCGUAAGGAAUGAGUUCCUUCGGUCCACGUAGUAACUAGCAAAUGGCCAAUGGUCGUGCAUGCCGGCUGUUUCGACCGCAGCGUCGCAGUGAUCCAUUGAACAAGCCUCGAGACGUAGAGUC